GGGGAAAGGUGGAGUGUGCUGUGCUCAUGUCGGGCGGUCCCCUUGAUGCUUCCUGUGCUCUGCCUUGUGUGCGUUCUGCCCCACUGCCCCUCUGCGAGGGGGAGGGCGGACAGACGGACACCUCCUGUGGCCCAGCCUCUGCCUCUCAUCCCACACACCAAAAAGGGGAAGUCGCUGAGAAAGGAAGUCUGCCCCAUGCAGUUGCUUCGGCUGCAGCAGUCACAUUUUCUCUGCUGCUGGUCCCUGAUCUUUGCGCUGGCUGCCAGGGCAGCGCUGGGCCCAUGGAGAGACCGGUGAAGGAUGGGAUCCUCUAUGUGCAGCACUGCAAAUUUGGAAAGAGGUCCUGGAGGAAGAUGCGAGCCCAGCUCUUUGCCGCCAGCCCCUCUGGCGUGGCCCGCAUGGAGAAGUUCGAUGUGCGGGAUGAUGGCACGGCGCUGGAGAAAAACUCGCUGCGGCGGUGUGCCCGUCGGGUGAUCCGCCUCUCAGACUGUGUCUCCGUGGGCCCAGCAGGCAUUGAGAGCUGCCCCAAAGCCACUGCUGCCUUCUACCUCACCACCACAGAAAAGAGCUACGUGCUGGCAGCUGAGCAGCGGGAUGAGUGGAUCGCCCAGCUCUGCCAGCUGGCCUUCCAGGGUGCAAAGGACACAGUGCAGAGCAGUGCCAGAAACCAGCCCAGCCUUGCUAUCCCCAUGGAGGAGAACUCCCUCUACUCCUCCUGGCAGGACCUGACUGAAUUCCUGGUGCUGGUGGUCCAGACGGAUGCGUCCACCCGCUGUGGCCUGCAUGGGCACUACCUGCUCUCGGCCCUUCCCCAGAGCCUGGUGCUGAAGGACCCGCAGUCCCGCCAGCCCCUACUCACGUGGCCCUACCCCUUCCUCCGCAAGUUUGGCCAGGAUCAGACCAUCUUCUCCUUCGAGGCCCGACGGACGGAGGCCACAGGCCCCAUUGUCUAUGCCUCCAUCGCCCGGGGCCAGCAGCCCCUCUUUGGGCCAGGGCAGCUGGGUCCCAAUGAGCCCUGGACCCCAGGGAAGCCGCUCCCGGAGCAUCUCUAUGAGAACAUCUUCACCACGGAACCGGGUCCUGCAGGGACAGAGGAGGAGGAGGAAGAGGAGGAAGGGCAGUGGGAGCUAGGGUGCCGGCAGGGCCCCCCGGGGCACAGCAGCGGGGCUGCUGCUUCUCCGCGGUCUGAAACGGUCUCAGCUUUCAGCAGCGUGAGUUUCUGGGGUGCUGUGAGGGAGAGCGGAUCCCGCAGGCACUCCGCUGCGGGUGGCAGCGGGGCUGUACCUGGCUCCCUGAUACGAGUCAGCAUUAGCCUCAGCCCCUUGGCUCUGACGCUGCUGGAGGAGAUGCUGAUAGAUUUGGGGUGCGUCUCUAACCACACUGUUAGGAUGGUCAGGGUGGAGUUACUGCUGGAAGUAUGA